UUUCUUUAUUCCAUUGGCUAGAUGAGGUCCCGCCUUUCUGAUUAGCGGAAAUGAAAGAUCUCUUAUUUCCAUUGGCUGAAAUUUGUAAAUUGUGAUUGUCUAUCAAAACUAUGAACUCAGGUUAGCUCCCAGGAAGUUCGGGCCCGGAAAGGGUGGGCUUUGCGAAGAUGGAGGCUCCGGAGGUGCUGGAAUCAGAGGUGUCAAGUUCGAUAACACUUUUGAAAAAUCUCCAGGAGCAGGUGAUGGCUGUGACAGCACAAGUACAAGCACUGACAGCAAAAGUUCGAGCUGGAGCAUAUUCUACAGAGAAGGGUCUGAGCCUCUUGGAAGUGAAAGACCAGCUGUUGCUCAUGUACCUCAUGGACCUGAGCCACCUCAUCCUGGACAAGGCCUCUGGGGGCUCUCUGCAGGGACACCCUGCAGUUCUGAGGCUGGUGGAGAUUCGCACGGUUUUAGAAAAACUCCGUCCUUUGGACCAGAAGCUGAAAUAUCAAAUUGACAAACUGGUCAAGACUGCAGUGACAGGCAGCCUCAGUGAGAAUGACCCGCUUCGUUUUAAGCCUCACCCCAGCAAUAUGAUGAGCAAGUUGAGCUCUGAGGAUGAGGAGGAAAAUGAAGCAGAGGAGGACCAGUCUGAGGCCUCGGGGAAGAAAUCUGUAAAAGGCGCAUCUAAGAAAUACGUCCCACCACGCUUGGUUCCGGUACAUUAUGAUGAGACAGAAGCUGAGCGGGAACAGAAGCGUCUGGAGAAAGCCAAGAGACGGGCGCUGAGCAGCUCCGUCAUCCGUGAGCUGAAGGAGCAGUACUCAGAUGCCCCGGAAGAGAUCCGUGACGUGCGACACCCUCACGUCACCCGCCAGAGUCAGGAGGAUCAGCACAGGAUCAACUAUGAAGAGAGCAUGAUGGUUCGCUUAAGUGUCAGCAAGCGAGAGAAAGGACUGCGAAGGCGGGCGAGUGCCAUGAGCUCACAGCUUCAUUCCCUCACACACUUCAGCGACAUCAGCGCUUUGACAGGGGGCACCGCUCAUCUUGAUGAGGUAAGGGUGGGUACAGUGGUAGCAGGAGCCGUCAUGCUGUUAGCCACACGUGGGCUUCGUACAGCGAGCUCAGGAGAGAGUGCUGGUUCUUAGGACGUAGUACUUUCUGUUCACUUCUGUUUGUCCCUAGGACCAGAAUCCUGUUAAAAAGCGGAAGAAGAUGCCUAAGAAAGGUCGGAAGAAGAAAGGUCAGUGAACCAGUAGGCGUUCAGGAACUUCCGCCUCAGGUUGUGUCUGUCUCUUCCAUGAUACUCAGUGAUCUCUUUAGGUUGCCUUUUUUUUUUUCCUUUCCUCUUUAUUUCCCAAGCUUGAAAUCAGUGUCUCUCACAAGGGAGUCUCUGCAUUAUACUUGAGUGGCCCACAACUCAUGUUUCAAGUGUCUGUAAAUAGAGGUAUGAAAACAUCACCUGAAGGGAUUGCUCUCUAACUGUGUUCAUGCUCCUGUGAGUCCAGAAGGGUAGAGAGUGCUGCCUCAGGGCAAGCCUCCAGCCUCAGGGCAAGCCUCCAGCCUCAGGGCAAGCCUGGAGCUCUUCUCUGUUCCGGCCCUUCUUUGCCUCAUUCUCGGUUUCCUUCCGUUUCAGGUUUUCGGAGGCGCUGGUGACGAGCUUAUGCAUGCACUUUUGGUCAUCACUGUGUGUAGACGUUUGCCUUGGAAAUGUGGAAAGAGCUUUACUAAAUAAAAUUGAUUUUGUUUAUGAUAAAAGA